AUGUUUUCUUUGGAUCAUUUUCGUCGAAAUGAACCAAAUUCGAAUAUUAGAUUUAAUGAAUUUUACAAUACCUCAACCGAAUUUUACAAUAUCUCUACCGUAUCUUAUAACCCUUAUGGUUCAAAUAUCAAUAUUGAUAAUAUUGAUUGUUAUAAUUUCACUAGCUCUACAAAUCCUACAUCAUGCAAUGAUUAUAUCAUUCAAAAUGAUAUUAUUAAUUGUUUGACUUUUUCACCAUUUCGGAAUCAAUCAAAUCAAGAAUGUAAUGAUGUUGGUAAUAAUUGCAUAAUCAGUUCCCGAAAAAAUAGUAAACUCGGCUUAAAUUAUAUUAUUUUUAACAUUACUUCUUAUGUAUCACCUCCUGCUAGUUUAGUUUCUGACUAUUUUUCAAUCAUAUUUAAUCAUGUUUAUAUAAUUGAUAGUAACAAUAAGACAAUUCAAAAUAAUAUAACCUUCAAUAUUCAUCCAUUUAACAAAGGAAAGUUUGUUACGUUUGAGUUUUCUAUUAAAACAAGAUUAACUUACAGCAGUAUUUUCAUGAAAGGAUUUGGACUUAGUCCUACUAUUCAAGAAACUUUUGUUGAUGCAGAAAUUAAGGAGCUCGAAAUCGCCGACAAUUCUCCAUAUACGGUUUUACUAUUGAAACCAAAGAAUAACACUAUAUAUAAUGAAGAAGAAACUUUUGACUACACUAUUUUAUUCAUCAUUUCAUCCAUGGGUGGUUUCUAUGGCGCUGCAGCUGGGGUAUACAAAUUACUAUUCGGAAGUCCAAAGAUUUCUCCUUGGGGUAUUACACAAAAAUAUAUGUGCUGUUGGAACCUACGCAAAAAAUAUGAAAUGAUAACGGCUGCACACUACGUUUCUAAAGCUGGAAUACCUUUUGCUGAUAAUCCAUGCCAAUUACCUCAAGGUGCCACUAUUAAUGAUAGAGUUUUUGUAUUAGAAUCAGUGUUAAGAAAGUAUUAUUUAGAUACAGAUUAUUUUGCUGAAUUAAAUUAUGUGGUUAAACAAAAUGAAAAAUACAAAACAAGAGUUGAAAAAUUGGAAAAAGGUGUUUAA